CCCCCCCCGCGCGCUUCCUACAGCACAAGGAAAAAGGAAGUUUAAGAAAAAGUUUUCUCCUGUGCACGCGCACACACCUGGACUCGAGAAGAAAGGAAACAGCGGAAGGAGAUGGAAUAAAACAGUGCAAUCUCUGGUAGGUUUUUUUUUUUUAAAUUGUUGGGCUUUUAAACCCCAGCAGUUUCUAGCUGGAAAGAGAUGAGCUUGCCCUUUGCCCCAGCCUCUAUUCCUUCUCACUGACUAUGAGGAUUGUUAAGCCAGCCUGGUCCUGUAAAGAGAAGAGGAAAAGGAAGGAUCCUCCUCCAUCUGGGAGAAUUUAAAGAAAGACCAUUAUUAUUAUUGUUAUUUCAGCGGACUGGCCGUUCGGAAAGAGGGCAAGUUGCUGUUCUUGGGGUGCUCACGAAAACUCAGACCAGAUGGUACGGCGGCGAAGAAAAGUGAAGAAAUAAAUCCUUUGGCAAGGAAGCUGCCGGGAUGGGGACUGGGCUGUGCACCAGGAGGCAAAAGGGCCUCUUGCAAACAGGAUUUUGCCUAGUGGCCGUGGCCUGCCUGGCAUCCGGAGCGUUCCUGUACAACCACCUCCAGCAGAAGGUGAAGUCCGCAGAAGCCUUGGCUUUGAAAUACAAGCAGCAACAGGAGGUGCUUUCGGCCCAAUUGCAAGUUGUUUACGAACACAGAUCACGGCUAGAACGAUCCUUGCAGAAAGAGCGAGGGGAACACAAGAAAACAAAAGAAGAUUUUUUAGUCUACAAGUUAGAAGCUCAAGAAGCCCUCAACAAAGAAAAGCAAGAUUCCAUGAACAGAUAUGGAGCCCUGAGUUCUCAGCAUAAGAUCCUGAAGAAUCAGCACGAAGAUGUCAAGAAGCAGCUUCUCGACCUGCAGAUGCAACACAACGGGCUGAAACUGGAACACCGCAAGAUAACAGAGACCCACAACCAGAAAUACUCCCAGCUGCAGAGGGAGAAGGAAAGCGAGGUGGGAGGUUUGCAAGAUACAGUUUACAAGCUCAGGGAGGAGAGCAAGUUGCUUCGCAAAGCCCACCAGGAUGUUCACUCACAGCUUCUCAGUGCUCAGGUCCAGAUGGAAGAGUUCAGGCAGCUGAAGGAGACCCUUCAAAAGAUGCCGAGCUUUAAGGAAGUGGUUGGGGCCAAAGCGCAGCUGAAGAAUGAGCAGCCCCCAGGACCAGGACUUGGCAUGUUGCAGAUUGUUAGGCCAAAGGCCUCACUAGGCAAUGAAGCAAAACCACCCCAGAGUCCCUUGGGGCAAGCUGCAGUUCCAGCAGAGAGUUCCACUGUUGCUCCGGCCUCUAGCAUCAAAGGGCAGGGAGAAGCCAUCUUGCAUGAAGGCAAUGGCAGGCCUCAGGGCAAUGUGCCGUUUGGCCAGGUGGCCCCGCCCCACGAAGCCCACCUGCCGCCUCCGGCCUGGCCUCAGAUGGGGCAAAGGGAUAACCCCAUAGUCCGCUUCACGAGGAUGGUGAAUAGCGUGCAGAAUGGGAACCAGGAUCAAAAAGCUGCUCAGAGCAGGCCGGGGGAGAGUGAGGAAAACGUUCAUUCUGAGGCCAUGGCAAACAGCUUCAGACUCAUUCCUGCCUCAGAGGAAGCCCAGGAUUUGGAAAAGCAGCCCUCUGUGGGGAGCCAGCGGGAUCAUGCCAUGCAGAGCUGGCAAGACAUAGUCAACAAGGUCAAUGCCCAGGUAGAUGAAGAACAGGCUCCUCGUUACCCACAAAGCCUCCACCUUGGCGGCCGACCUGGGCAAGAGCAAGCGAUAGCCGACGUCAAUCAAGCGCUGGCCAAUCCACAGAGAGGGGCGGGGAAGCUGCGAGCCAGUUGGGAAGCGGGAAAAGGAGGAGCGGAUGACGAGGAACUCCAUAUGGAUGCUGGCAUGAUUGAGAAAGGAGGCAAUUCUCAGCCCCAGAAGGAUGCAGUCAUCCAGGAACCAGUGGUGCCUGAUGCUGCUGACCCUGCCAAAGACCCCAACAAUCAAGGGGAAGAUGAGUUCGAGGAGGCAGAGCUGGAACGCCCAGACUUUGAAGAGAAACUAGGUCAGGCCGUUCCACUUGGCCACACCAACGGGCCAGCUAAAGAUGCAACAAAGGGAAAGAUUCAGAAGGAUGCUGGUAGACCAAAGAAAAUCGCAGAUGACCCAAUGGAUGAUUAUCAGGAAGACCAGGAGCAAGAUCUUGAAGAUCAUGGAGGUGAAGUAGACGAUGCUGAUGAUCUGGAACUGGCCCAGGAACCCAGAGGCCGAGUGGAAAGAGACUACUAAAUUUCACGCCGGCUCGAUGGGGGAUACCAGAGGAAAGAGCCUCAAAUGGAAGAGCUGGGCCAGAACACCGCUGCGAUGAGGCUCGGAAUCUUCUGCCCGUAACAUUCAAGAGGGGCUAGCGCCCGAUCUCUGCUUCCAGUAAAUCACAGGUGUAUCAACGUGACCAGUUAGCAAGGUCCAGGGCAGCUUGCAAGACAGAUUUUGCUCUCUGGAUGUUUCUUCUAAGGCGGAAGGGAGCUCAAAACAGAAAAAAUAAAUUGCAGUUUCUCUUUUGAUGGUUCUGUCCCUCCUGCCACACGCACACAUUCCCCCCAUUUCAGAAUUGUUAAGAUUUGGGCCGUGAGGAGGGGCUGAUGCUGUGUGGCCUCUGUUAGCCUUGAACAGUUCGUAUCCUCCUCCUCCCCCCCAUUGUCUUGGACUCGACUCCGUUGCUCUUUAAUGCAAAAUCUGUUCAUCUUUAUAUUAAAAAACAAGGAAGUCUUUUGAGAA